AGAACAAAUAAGCAUUGCGUGGGUUUUGAGAGUAACAGAAAUCUUUCACUGGAGGGCUUGGAGAUGCCUGGGGCUGCUCUUGGAAACGUGAACGUUACAUAUACAUCCACGUCCUUCAGAAGUGGACAGUUUCAAGGGCUUACUGCUGGAGUAGUUUAACAGCCAUGCUGUGAAAAUGGGAAGAAGCAAAGAGCUAAUCAAGAGAGGAAAUAGAAGCGAAUUACCCCACCCGCCUCUGAAGCCUCUACUGAGGGCAUUUAUCGUAAUGUUUCUCAACCUGCUCAGGCUGGCAACAAGAUAGAAGAGGUCCCCUGUUUGGCCAAAACCAGCUGGUGUAUCUCAUCUUCCCAGGACUACAUACGUAAGUAGAAUCAUGUGAGUAAGCAUAGCAUAUGGAGGCCUUCAUAGCUGAUAGUCACAGUUAAUUUAGAUUUCACUCCUGCAAAUAAUGUCAAAUUCUUCAUUCCUCUUUCCUCCUCCAGCUGAGGAGCGUUUUAGGGAUGACACUCAGGGGAAGGAAAGGUGGCAGAUGCCCUCCACGGGACAUUCUCCAGCAGCAGCAACAACCUCUCAUAUCCCUCCUGUGUUUCUUAGUGAAACCAAAGGGUUGGAAUUUGAAGGAAUCAAAUCCGAAGGGAAUAGGGUUGUCUUGGUGUUUGCAGGUAGACGUGAUGCUGCAGUGCUUAAUGUUUAUUGUUAAGAUGAAAAGCUGGAGAACCCUUUAGUCAGUUUCAUGUGAGAUCAAGACGCCUUGUGGUGAUGGGCAAACCUCUCUGCUUCUGAGGUCUUUGUGCAGACAUGGAAAACUCGUCUUGUAGCAGUGCAGAGGCAGUAUGCUGCUGAUGAUGGUCUAACUGGCUUCAAAUUUGUUCCAUUUAACAGUUGAUCUGAGAAGGUUCAAUCCAUGUAUCCAUAUUUCUAUCCUGCCAGCGAACCUGUUGAUAAUAAACAGUUCCUAAUGGCCCAACAGCUCUCUCAUCCAGGCUUUUCCUAUAGCAAGUUGUUAGAUACCUGCCAGAUAAAAGCUGAUGGCCUUCGUACAGCUGAAGAACAAAUUCAUUCCAACUGCACUUAUUUAGCUCUGCGCUUUAACCUGGCUCUGUUUUUACUGAGACUUUAACCUCACUUUGAUGCCUUUUUUGUCAGGUCUUGUCAGCCUGUGUCACAACACAGACAACGUGGAGGGCCUUUGAAGUUGCCACACAAACAAACAGUCUGUCUAUUAAUCAUUAAGGAUGUGCUAUUUUCCCGAGAUCCGAACGCUGGGCACAGGGCAGUUAUUUCACAGGUAUUGCUUUUGGAAAAUGCCAAACCGGAAGUAUGCCGAUGGCGAGGUGGUGAUGGGUCGUUGGCCAGGAAGCGUCCUGUACUAUGAAGUGCAAGUGACUAGUUAUGAUGAUGCUUCUCAUCUUUAUACUGUGAAGUACAAAGAUGGUACCGAACUUGCUUUGAAGGAAAGUGAUAUAAGGUUACAGUCAUCAUUCAAGCAGAGGAAAAGCCAGUCUUCCUCAAGUUCUCCUUCCAGAAGAAGUAGAAGCAGAUCUCGAUCCAGAUCUCCUGGUCGGCCAGCAAAAGGCAGACGUCGCUCUUCUUCCCAUAGCAGAGAGCAUAAAGAAGACAAAAAGAAAAUUAUUCAGGAAACCAGCUUAGCUCCACCGAAACCAAGUGAGAACAACACCAGAAGGUACAAUGGUGAACCUGACAGUACGGAAAGAAAUGACACAUCCAGCAAACUCUUGGAGCAACAAAAAUUGAAACCAGACGUGGAAAUGGAGCGUGUGCUUGAUCAAUACAGCUUGCGUUCAAGAAGAGAAGAAAAGAAAAAAGAAGAGAUCUAUGCAGAGAAAAAGAUUUUUGAGGCAAUAAAAACUCCGGAGAAACCAUCGUCAAAAACAAAGGAGCUAGAGUUUGGUGGAAGAUUUGGGACCUUCAUGCUGAUGUUUUUCCUGCCUGCUACUGUAUUGUACUUACUGUUAAUGUGCAAACAAGAUGACCCCAGCCUUAUGAACUUCCCUCCUCUCCCAGCACUUGAAAGUCUCUGGGAAACUAAAGUGUUUGGUGUCUUUCUUCUGUGGUUUUUCUUUCAAGCUCUGUUUUACUUACUGCCAAUAGGAAAGGUUGUGGAAGGCCUGCCUCUUUCAAAUGGAAGGAAGCUGCAGUACCGGAUCAAUGGGUUUUAUGCUUUUCUUUUGACUGCUGCAGCUAUUGGAACCUUACUGUAUUUUCAGUUCGAACUUCAUUAUUUGUAUGAUCACUUCGUGCAGUUUGCAGUGUCAGCUGCAGCUUUUUCUAUGGCAUUGAGCAUCUAUUUGUACAUUCGAUCCUUGAAGGCACCUGAGGAAGACCUAGCGCCAGGUGGAAAUUCUGGAUAUCUUGUUUAUGACUUCUUUACUGGACACGAAUUGAACCCUCGUAUUGGCAGUUUUGACCUCAAAUACUUCUGUGAGUUACGUCCAGGAUUAAUUGGCUGGGUUGUCAUAAACUUGGCAAUGCUCUUGGCUGAGAUGAAGAUACACAAUCAAAGUAUGCCAUCGCUGUCAAUGAUACUCGUGAACAGCUUUCAGCUUCUAUAUGUGGUGGAUGCUCUUUGGAAUGAGGAAGCUGUUUUGACUACAAUGGACAUUACCCAUGAUGGAUUUGGAUUCAUGCUAGCCUUUGGAGAUUUGGUGUGGGUUCCAUUUGUCUACAGCCUACAGGCCUUCUAUUUAGUUGGACACCCUAUUGCAAUUUCUUGGCCGGUUGCAGCUGCAAUUACUAUUCUGAACUGUAUUGGUUAUUACAUAUUCCGUAGUGCAAAUUCUCAGAAAAACAAUUUCCGAAGGAAUCCAGCAGAUCCCAAAUUGUCCUAUCUGAAAGUUAUACCCACUGCGACUGGAAAAGGGCUUCUUGUCACAGGUUGGUGGGGGUUUGUUCGUCACCCCAAUUACCUUGGUGAUAUCAUCAUGGCACUUGCGUGGUCCCUACCCUGUGGUUUCAAUCACAUUUUGCCAUAUUUCUAUGUGAUUUAUUUCAUCUGCUUGCUUGUUCAUCGAGAAGCUCGUGAUGAACAUCACUGUAAGAAAAAGUAUGGUUUGGCAUGGGAAAGGUAUUGUCAGCGUGUACCAUACCGCAUAUUUCCUUACAUCUACUAGAGCACUCCACAUACCUGAUCUGCAAAUUAAAAUAUACCUCUCACCUUUGCACUUGGUCUGUCUGUUAUCUAGGCUUUAAACAUUAAAUGUGACCAAACGAUGGAGUGCUUCAGCAAGUAUUGACAAGUAAUCCUAAAUACUUAUGAGUUAUGUGAACUGACUGUCUAUGACCUCAAUUUAAGAAAAAAAUUGUGAAUUUUAAAAAGUCUUGGAGCCCUAAUUUUUCAAGUUAAAUUUUAUCUAGAAUUCUGAGUUUACAUUUUUUUUUUAUUGCAUUAAUUAAGCACUGUGAUGUAAAAUAUGUUAUUUUCUUAAUACAAUAAAUACAGGAGUUCCAUCCAGUGAAUUUUUUUGGUGUUACUUGUACCAUCUAACUUCAGAUGUCUGACUGAGCUGUCUGAGUGCAGAGAGCAGAGGCUCUGGGCAGCGGAUCUGUGAGCGGAGGAUUCAGCCCUGAGGAGGGCCCACGCUCUCCGUGCUGUUGCCCUGCAGCCCCUGGCUCUGGGUAGUUGGAUUUUUGGUCAGGAGGGCUCUGAAUGACCCCUCCUGACCUGCGCCUGCUGGAGGGAUGGAUAGAUGGGAAGGAGGGCACAAAUAUUCCCUCCAUCCUACCUCCCUGAGGCGAGAGGGAUGCUCGAGCUGCUCUGGCAGUGCCCCAGCCCCCCUGCAGGGGCUCAGACCCCUGAAGGUAGAUGAUACAAAGGCAGAGCUGUGGGAGCGGUGAAUUCUAAUCUGGCGUCUUAACAGUGUGAGCACAGGAGUAGCAAAAGGUGCGGCGUGUGCGUAUUUGACAGAAAAGAAUAAAAUGACCACAGUUGGCUUAUUCUGAUCUUUGUAAAAUAUGUCUUCGUGUACCAUAGCAUUUCCCGAGUGUGUAUAAUAAAAGCUUCCAGGUUUUUUGCUGUACAGUGUUUGGAUUUGAAAACGUGCUAACUUUUUUAGGAACAGGGAGAAAUUUUUAACUAAAAUCCAUUUCCAGUAAUUUUUUAAAAAUGUUCAUUUAAUAAAGAUUUUUGUAAAUUAAUGUAUUAAAUCUCGAAACAAUUGAAGUGCUCAUUUAAAUAUUUGUAUUGACAGAUAUGCUAUGAAAAUGUGGCGAGUGCUCCUCUGUCCAAAGUGGGUUUUUUUUUUGUGGGUGUUUUUUUCCAAUUUGGCAUUGCUACCUCAUAUGUAGGUUUUGCCUUUUGUACUGUUGCAGAUAGAGAUAAUAGCUAUUUUUUUGCUACUGCUAUUUAAACCAACAUUUUUUACAUGAGCCUGUGGUUAAACUCAGCCACGUUCUAAUAUAUUUUUGUAUAUAUUUGAAUCUCUGACUAAUGUAUGUGUUGUAGGCAUUAGUUGUAUUCUUUGUCUAACUGGCUGUAAAUCGGAUGCCACUUAAGUAUUUUGCUUCCUAAGUAGAGUAAUUUUAUAUUUUACUGAAAUAACCUCGCAUUAACUAACUAGAGCUAGCGUUUAAUGCCAUCUUCACAAGGGUUAACUUCUCACGUACUUCCUAUGUGAGGUUUAUAGCACAACUUCUCCCCGGGGCUUAUUAGAGUCAAAUGUAGCAGGGAGGGAAUUGCAAGCAUGUCUGCAGUUGCUUGCAGGAAGAUUACUAACAAAUGAGAACGUUGCAAUUGGUUAAUUCUGUUCAGUUCUUUUUAAAUAUUGAUGUAGUUGAAAUCUAGCAUGUGAUGGGGUUUUUGUUAUUAAUUAAAAACCCUCUAUUUUGCACACAUGCAUUUUUAAUGACAAUUGUACAUGUAAAGUGUAUAUAAUGUAGCUUGCUGAGCUUGAUUGUGAGCGUCCUCAGAAAAUCUGUAUUUUGGUGUUGUAAGGAACAUGUGUUGUUAGGAGAAGUAUUCUGGUUUCUGGGACAAAUAGCAGUGCCUGUAACAACACUGAAGAGCAUUCACUUGUGUGAAGCAGCAGAUUAAACUGGGCUUUUUUUAUGUUGUUUUUUGUUUAAUGAUCGCUUAUUGGAUUAGUAGGAAUAGCAGUUGUUCAACUGCCCCAGCUUGCAGCUGGUGUUUGAAAAUGUACUGAAGCUGGGGACAGUUUAACUCCCCAGCCCUUAAGCUCUGAGUUGCUACUGCCAUCCCAGUUUUAUCUGUUUCCCACACAAGAUUAUUAAACCGUAAUUCAGACCCCUUCCUUUCAGAAAAGGGUCUUGACUGAUAACUUCAGUUUCAUUUAUAUGCUGAAUUUGAUGUGAAUUUGAUUUUGAAGUAACUGUUUUUAAUACAAACAAGCAUAUAAGCUAAAAUAAAGCUCUUGCUUAAAAUUA